AUGUUUGAUACUUGCAGAAGGUUUGAAGACACUCCAUGGGAAAAUUACAUACAGUUUUGGUGUGCUCAAGGCAACACUAUUCCAUAUUCUAACAAGCCCGAUACUUGCUUCCUUCGUAGAAGCAAUCAGAUCAUGAUGACAGAGAAGCCAGACAAUGCACAUGUUGUCAAUGAUUGGUUGUAUAACGAGGAUAGCUAUAUCCCUGUUGGUAUUGGUCAAUCUACAUAUCCAGCAGUUGAAGGCACUGGUGGUAUGGAAAUGGAUGAGAUAAUGAAGGUCAUUCCAUAUGAAAACUCUGGCAAACCUGUCAGAGUACUCUUGGAUGUUACCCACAUAUUCUGUAAUUGUGGGUCCUGUGCCAAGACUCUUUCAUUUAAUAUUCUUAAGCGCAUGUGUCACAAGUACCUUUAUGAAUCCAAAUUUGGUGCUCCAGGUAAACAUGCAUUUGGGGAUGUUGAGUUAGGCAAAUUGCAACUGACAAUGAAGCUUUACGUGAUGAUACUGGCACAUGCAUUGGUGCUGUGUCCAUGUAUGGCUGAACUGAAUCUUCCUGAGGAAGCCAUGGCUGGUAUCGAGGAAUGGCCUAUGGGAUUAUGUGCUGCUGCAUGUAGGGCGAGGAAACUGGACGAUCUGCCUCCAACUGGAGUGGUCACUCCAUCUGGACAAGUAAUUUUUGCUGGCAAUCAAAUGACAAUGCCAGAGCUAGCUGAUUGGCAGGACUCUAUUGUUCAUCAGUCAGCAAGUCAUUUCCGACAUGGAAUUAGAAGAGAAUAUGAGGGUAAUUGGGAAGGCAUGCCAGAAGGCACAGCCAAUUUACCCAAUUAUGAUGGAGAUGAAAUUAUGGACUAUCAGGAAUCAUGGUGGAAGUUUGAUGCAAGACAAGCAGGAACAUCUGGUGCAUCUGCAUCUUUGGCACCUAAGUGGUCUGCCAACCCUACAUUGACACCAAAAGGCAAAGGCAAAGGGAAAGGGAAAGCACCCACCAAGCAUAUUCGUGGCAGUGCAGGACCAGGAGAAGACGAGGGUCUUGAUUUAGGUCUAUUUGCAGAUGCACUUGAUAAUCCUAAGGAAGCUGAAAUUGAAGAGAAAGAGGUUCCAAAUGCACAAAUGGAGGUGGAACCAGACAAUCCAUAUCACUGGGACCCAUUGUAUACUGGUCCCCCAUUUGGAAUUGGAUUGCAAAAUCAAUGUAUAUGUGAAAUUAGCUGUUGCAGAAAAGAAGAACAAACCACACCUGCCCAGUCGUAG